ACAUGUCAGGCCGUUCAAGGUCGUGGAGGCGAAUAGGCGCGAGUCUCCCAGUAGGUCGAACUUCUUUGAUUUUAUGCAAUUAGUAAUAUAUCUACAAACUAUUGUACGUGGGCGAAGCGAAAAAGACUACAACUACAUCAUAUUUCAGUUCAUAGGCUACCAAAUUGGCAGACUGAGUGUCGGCGAGACUAUUAUUUCUAGGCGAACUAGACGGAUUCACGAUAACAGGCCUUAGAUUUUGGCGCGAAACCUGUUUAUUAUUUAUUCGGCACCAUUGAUGAUGUCAGUUCGUGAUGAAAACCCCAAAUCUAAUUCCUGACCCUAAUUAUAUCCAACUUAUAAUACUAAAAGCUACAACACUUCCGAGAUUAGCUCAAAUUUGAAAUUUGUAUCACUGGAAUGCAGCUGGUGUUCCUGAUAAUUCGCUAUGCACAGGCAGACAUCCGUCUCAUAGCGGUUUCGUCGUCCACCUGACGAAUAGUCCUGUCGUACGAGUCCAUUUUAACUCCAUCAGGGAAAGGUAAACCAGUAUAUGAUAAACUACUAUGCCACGGAGCUUAUGUUAGAUGUAACGACUGCCUCAGGGUAACGAGGCAUAUAGGGCUCAGAAAUUAAACUGAAUGAAGGACUUCAUCAUGAACAUCCUGCAACCUUAACGUGAGAAUCCUAAAGUUGAUAUCCUGGCGUGGUAAAUUAUUCACUAGUAUUUGCUGUCUCUUGGUUGGCUGGGAUAAAGCGAAAGCUCAGGUUCGUCUGGCUAUUUAGUAUUUGACUCGGCAGUGUUUUUUGAAGAUCUAGUUUUUGUAACCCGUUCUCACAUUCUUAUGAAGCCGGUGCCUUGGAAUGUUGGUAGUCAAAAUCGUCCCCGUAAGAUUUUGGUAAAGUCAGCAGUACACUUUCACUGUCAAAUCUUAAAUCCUCAAUAAUUGGUCUUAAUGCUCUUCAAAUUGUGUCCAUGUUACGAGAGUUUUGUAUCCUUCAGGUGAGAGUCAUUAUCGUCUACAAGACAGGCUCAAAACAAGCUAUCAGCUCAGAAACACUUUGAAGUAUCCGCUCACAUCAGGGUAUUAAGUGUUGCAGCAUAAUUACACCAAUUUUAUUCUUAAAGUGGAAUAGUUUACUAAGGAUUGUUAGUUAGAAAAGCAUGUUUUGAUGCCAUUGGUGUGAAUCUGAUACGUAGUAGUGGCUCGAAAUAUACAUAUCACGGAGUGAGUCCUCCGACAUUUUGCUAAGUUACUCAACGAUAUAAUUGAUACUUAUUACCACGAUUAAUCGGACCCCUGUGUACAUAACAUUUAUACGACUGUUGAAAAGCUCAAAAAUCGAUACAAGUACGCCUAGUUUAUGGAGUCACGUACUAUUAAUUAUUAUCACCAAUCAGUUGUCACUAUAUUUCCAAUAUAUCAUUUUCCAGAGAUCUUAGAAGCUUUAACUCAAAUGAGCCAGAGUAUAACUGUUCCUGUGACUUUUAUACGUUCAUUCAAGUACCGUACAACGUGUUAUUUGCCUUUGUCGAACAUUCCUCAGUCGGCGACUGUAAAAGACCUGUUCGAUCGCAUACAUCAUGGUAAACAUUACAUUAGAUAUACUUUACAAUAUUCAUGUUUAGAAGUAAAAACCUCUUCGGUUAUACCUCCUCCUUUCAAGAACCUUUGUUACGGUAAGCUAAUAUCUAGUAAUUUAACUCUCAUAAUAGAAACCUGAUGAACACCCAUUGGUACUCAAUCAUUUAUUCACUAAUUACAUAAUUCGGGUUGAUUUCAGGGAAACAUAUGCUUCAGGAGGCUUCUUAGUCUUUUGGUAAUCUGACUGGUGUUAUAAAACCCGACUUGACUUUCUCUAUUUCCCAAUGACGACAAAUGUAGGUUCUUUAAUCCACUACUCUGUUGGCGCACUAUCCCAACCUGCUUGAUAAUUUCGAAAGAUGUAUUAUUACGUAUCCUAGGUACUAAGAUUAUAAUAACGUAGUGUAUUAAUAUACUUGCUUCAGUAAGAGCGAAAACUAGUCCCACUUUAGCUGUUUUAAUGUUCUAGUGUACGUUAAUGCCAUUUUGAGAAAAGAUCCUUAGUCAUAACCUAAUUGUAAAAUACAAGUACAAAUACCAAACAAAAUUACGCAAUAAACCCGACCCCUUUAGAGUUUUCGAUAUCUUUUUAAAGCUCUCCUAAUAGUAUUUAGUUAACUAACAUCCUAACAUUUGUUGUCACCGCUUUCGAUGUAUCUACUUCAAUCAAUCUUAAGGAUUUAUUUCAAUUUCUCAUUAUAUAUAUUUUUAUGCUCUUUCGAAGAUGCGCUGAAAGUUCGCCACAAAGCUUUUAACACAAAGUCUGGAGAACUGUUAAUUGAUUUAGAAGGUGAUCCUAUUCCGAGCAAUUCGGACUUAACUCUAGAAUCUCUUGGAAUAGUGAAUGAAACUGAAGUGGCAGUGUUCAAAAUGAGCGAUUUUCUGGCUCAACGCGAUAAUCCAGAAUUUCUGUGGUGAGAAGCGAUAAUGUCACUAUGAAGCAACUAUUUGUAUAUAUAAUAUACUCCUUGAUUCGACCAUAACGUUUUACUGCUACUGUGUCUGGUACUGUUAAUCCUGAAGAUCUACUUUUGAUUAUGAAGAUGAUAUCUAGUGGUUACGUGCUCUUAUGCUACAAAGUGAGAAUGAUAUCUUAACAGAUUAAUUUCAGGAUAUCUAUUUCAGUAUCAUAAAAAGCACAAUAUUGAUGACACACUAGAAUAUUGGGAGAAGUUUAUGUAAUACAUCGGUGGGUUAGAUCUUCAUUGUUUGCUAGUAGGAAGUCCUUGUGGUGAUUACUCAAUUAUCUUAAAAUGUGGUUAUAAACCAUUUAAGAAUUACUUGAUUUAAAUACUUUAAUUCACAUAUAACAGUACUUAGGUGUUGUAAUGCUGAUAAAAUAAAUGGCAGUGUGAAGGGUCAUGGGUAGCUCUAGAAAGGUACGACCUCUAUGGUCGUAUUUUCUAAGAACGUAUUUAGCAAUGAUAUACCUCGCCCAUAUUAUCUCAACGCAACACACGGAAAUCAUAAUAUAACUUUACCUUAUCAUCACUAGGUCUUAGAAUCAUCAUUGAUAAGUCACUCGUUGAGGUUUAAUAAAGUUAUGAUACAGAAUGUUCAGAGAAAUUACACUAUCACAUAAGAAAACUUAUGGAAGUAUCACACUAAAGAAUAAUUCUGCAGUGAUUGUGGAAAAAUAUGUAAAUAAUUCUAAAUGAUAUAGGUUGACUAGGAUCAGAAAAAUGUUCCAGUAAACAGGUCGUUAAAUAAAACGAUCCGAAUAGAGUCACUCGAAUUGUUCUAUCCAUUUCUUUACCAGUAAAUCUAGACAAGUAAAUUGCCAAUUCCAGUCAUUAGGAUAUAAA